CGGGAGGGAGCGGCCGGGCGGCAGACACCCGCAGACUGUCCCGGACGCCGGAGCCCCGCCGAGCCCCGCGCCCCGCCCGCCGCGUCCGGUCAGCGCUCCCUUCGCCUUCGCCCCACCAUGGCCCGGGGCCCGGGGCUCGCGGCCCCGCUGCUGCUGCUGCUGCUGGCCGCGGUGACCCGCCACGCGGCCGCGCAGAACAACUGCACGUGUCCCACCAACAAGAUGACGGUGUGCAGCCCCGACGGUCCGGGCGGCCGCUGCCGGUGCCGCGCGCUGGGCUCCGGGGUGGAGGUGGACUGCUCCACGCUGACCUCCAAGUGCCUGCUGCUCAAGGCGCGCAUGAGCCGCCCCCGGGACAGCCGCGGGCUGGUGAAGCCGAGCGAGCACGCGCUGGUGGACAACGACGGGCUCUACGACCCCGAGUGCGACCACCAGGGGCGCUUCAAGGCGCGCCAGUGCAACCAGACGUCGGUGUGCUGGUGCGUGAACUCGGUGGGCGUGCGCCGCACCGACAAGGGCGACGUGAGCCUGCGCUGCGACGAGCUGGUGCGCACGCACCACAUCCUCAUCGACCUGCGCCACCCCGCGGCCGCGCGCGCCUUCAACCGCUCCGACCUGGACGCCGCGCUGCGGCGGCUCUUCCGCGAGCGCUACCUGCUGCAGCCCCGGUUCGUGGCGGCCGUGCACUACGAGCACCCCACCAUCCAGAUCGAGCUGCGGCAGAACGCGUCGCAGAAGGGCCCCGGCGACGUGGACAUCGCCGACGCCGCCUACUACUUCGAGAGGGACGUCAAGGGCGAGUCGCUGUUCCACGGCCGCCGCGGCCUGGACUUGAGCGUGCGCGGCGAGCCCCUGGAGGUGGAGCGGACGCUCAUCUACUACCUGGACGAGAAGCCCCCGCAGUUCUCCAUGAAGCGCCUCACCGCCGGCCUCAUCGCCGUCAUCGUGGUGGUCGUGCUGGCCGUGGUCGCCGGCGUGGUCGUCCUGGUCAUCUCCAACCGGAGGAAGUCGGGGAAGUACAAGAAGGUGGAGAUCAAGGAACUGGGGGAGUUGAGGAAGGAACCGAGCUUGUAGGUACCGGGCGGGGCAGUGAAUGGGGUGGGAUACCGGAUCCUCGCAUCUUGCAGGCCUGGCCUCAAGGGGCCAUUUCUCCCAUGCUCCUGCCUUCCCCCCGCGCCCCUUUGCGCACACACCAAGUUUAAUACAUCCU